GCGAGGUGCUCAACGACCCGUGGCUGAGGAACUCUGGGCAGGCCUGCUUGCAGGCCCAGGGCUCGCAGGAGAUGCUGGGCCUCGCGCUGCAGAGGCUGCGGGCCUUCGGCCGGCGCAACCGGCUGCAGUGCGCGGCCCGCGCCAGCGUGCUGGCCUUCGCCCACCCCAACAGCCCGGAGGUGGCGGUGCUGCAGGAGGCGUUCUUCUCCGCGGACCGCGACAACGCCGGGGAGCUGAGCGCCUCCCAGCUGGCCUCGGUGCUGGAGCUGCAGGCGGACGAGACCGCGAGCCUGCUGGCGAGCCUCGACACCUCGCGCACAGGUGUUAUCAGCUAUUCGGAGUGGCUGACGGCCGGGUCCUCACGGCAGGUCUUCAGUUGCCAUCGAGAGGCUCGGCGCGCCUUCGACGCCCUGGACUCGGACGGGGACGGGCGCAUCAGCGUGCAGGACCUGCACAAGGUCCUGCCUCGGGUCUUCUCGCCAGAGGAGCUGGCGGCGUCGCUGAAGCAGUACGACCUCAAUGGCGACGGGCACAUCGACUUCUCCGAGUUCAGGGAGCUGCUCCGUGAUGGCGGGGGUUCGCUCCAGAGCGUGGACUUGCUGCCUGGCGGGUGAUUGUCUUGUCGACUGUUUUGCUCGCGCGCGCGCCUGCGAUAGCGCUCGGCUCUUCAUCGAAACAGAAGUGGCACCAGCAUAAACGUUCGCAGGCUCGCGCAGAUUUCUUGGGUUUGCGCGGGGCCCGGUUGGGGGCGCCUCCGUCGCCGCUUGUGGCACGCUCUUCGCGCCGGGGAGGGGGGGGUCCAGCGCUGAUCCAAGACAUCCGUGCGGACCUUCGAUUUCAUGUGUCAGUGCAUUUCGUGUUUCUUCUCUUCAGUCUCGCCCGCGACCGCCCCGAUGGUCCGCUCCCUCGUCCUCCCG